AUGUCUUUCGUCAGUACUUACAAGCCAGUUUCAUUUAAGGACACUAACAUGUUCAAGCCACUAAAAGUUGGUAACACUGAAGUUCUUCAUAGAGUCUUCAUGCCUCCAUUGACUAGAAUGAGAGCGCAACACCCAGGCAAUGUGCCAACUUCAGAAUGGGCUGCAAAGUACUACGAUCAACGUUCAAAGAGACCAGGUUCCAUGUUGAUUACUGAAGGUACUUUUAUUUCCCCACAGGCUGGGGGUUAUGAUCACGCACCAGGUAUUUGGUCUGAUGCUCAAGUUGCUGAAUGGAAGAAAAUUUUUGCUAAGAUUCAUGAAAACAAGUCCUUUGUUUGGGUCCAAAUGUGGAAUUUAGGUCGACAAGCUGGUGUUAGAGAAAUGGCUAGAGAUGGUCUACGUUACGAUUCUGCUUCUGAUGGCGUCUACAUGGAUGAAGAAUCUGAAAAAUUAUCCCUAGAAGUUAAGAACCCACAACAUGGCUUAACAGAAGAUGAAAUUAAGCAAUACAUUAAAGAAUAUAUUCACGCCGCUAAAAACUCUAUCGAAGCAGGUGCUGAUGGUGUAGAAAUUCAUGGUGCUCAUGGUUAUUUACUAAAUCAAUUCUUAGAUCCACUAUCCAACAAGCGGACCGAUAAAUAUGGUGGAAGUAUUGAAAACAGAGCAAGGUUCACUUUAGAAGUUGUUGAUGCUUUAAUUGAUGCCAUUGGUGCCGAAAAAGUGGCUAUCAGAUUGUCUCCAUACCACACAUAUGGUACUAUGUCUGGUUCUAAGGACCCAUGCACCAUUGCUACAAUGGCUUAUGUUAUUGGUGAGUUAGAAAAGAGACGUAGAGCUGGUAAGCCAUUAGCUUACAUCCACAUGACCGAGCCAUUAAUUAAUGAUAACUCUACUGGUCCAGUCACUGAAGUUGUUCCUAAGAAGCAUGAAGAAGGUACCAAUGAAUUUAUUUUCUCUAUCUGGAAGGGUCCUGUAUUAAGAACUGGUGAAUUAGGUGAAAACCCAACUUUAGCAGCUAAAUUAUUGGAAAAUGAUAGAACUAUGGUUGGUUAUGGUAGAUACUACAUUUCUACUCCAGAUAUCGUUGAUCGUUUGGAAAAGGGUUUACCAUUUAACAACUACAGAUACAAGCUAUUCUACGGUCAAACUGCAGAAGGGUAUAUUGACUACCCAACUUACGAUGAAGCUAUCAAAUUAGGCUACAAAUAA